AGCUACCCCUCUUCUCCUCCCAUCUCGCUCACAUUGUUCUAUAUACAAAAUAAAAUCGACAACCAUUCACUGCACUGGACCAUUUGAGCGACUAACUAAAGUGCGUUGGAUAAUCAUCUCGCACGACGACAAUCAUGGCACCUUCAGCGACAGAAAGGGCGCAAGCCAAGUUUUUUGCUGUCCUCGAGGAUCCUCGACGUUAUGACUCCUCAAACUCCAAGAACAGGGUUAUGAUAACGCGAACACCGUCCAGCGGUUCCGACUUGACCAACAACAUGACUGGUCGACGAGGCAGCGCGAGCAGUCAGGGUUCAGCCACCGACCAGCAUCAUCUUCGAAAUAGACUCAAGAACUGGCUCUAUCCCGGGGCAGUCUGACUCCAGUCGUCGACUUUUCGAAAUGCUACAUACAGGUCUCUUUACUUAUCGGAGACGCCAGACUGGAAAUUCGUCUCUUCUUGAUCGUGGAUUGAGGUUUCCAUUUGAUUUUCGGGUUUCGGGGAUUACGGGGGCAGUGCGCGAUAUCUUGAAUCUGAUCUCGUUCAAGACUGUUUCGAUACUUCUGGUAUUUCGGAAUGUAACCCUUCGUCUAAUUAC